GUAAAGAAGUUUUACGAUUACUAAUUAUUGUUGUUAAAUAAUAUCACUGAGCAACAACAAUACAAGUUUUUAACUAGACGUAAAUUCAGUGCGAUAAUGAUUAGAGAAUCUUCUCAACUCUCAUAAUGAAAUGGAUAAUCAUCAUUGUUAUUAAUUGUUGUGAUCUUCCAUGCUCUCAGCAGAGGAAUAAAAUAUAAAUUCAGGGCAUUGAGAUGGCCUUUCCCUUCAAUGAUCAAGUCUACACCAAGUCCUUCACCCCUAGAGAGUACCAGGUGGAAUUACUUUACACUGCAAAGCAGAGGGAUAUUAUAAUAUGUCUAGGAAAAUACACAGAGCAAACGUUUAUCGUGACAAAAUUGAUUCAGGAGUUUGCGACAGGGAAUCGAAUUCCCCUGGUCUCCGCUCAGAGAAUUCUAUACCUCCUAGAUAGCGAAGAGUCUUGUUCACUGAAAUCUAGUUAUAUCGAGCAAUUGACUGACUUGAAAGUAUCGGUGAUAGAUUCCACAACUCAGGAUAAUGAUUUUGCGCACAUUUUUACGUCAGGACACGUCGUCGUCACGACGAGUGCAAUUUUCUACAAAUUUGUCGAGACGAAAGAAAUAUCUGGUGAGCAGAUUAGUCUAGUAAUUUUUGAUCAGUGCCAGCUGUUAAUUAAGGACAAGGGGAUCAGAGAGUCCUUGAGUACCCUGAGAAAAUCCUCGGACGAUGAGGGACCGAGAGUCAUAGGUCUAGCAAUUCCUCUCCUGGAUUUGACAGACGAACCUGGAAGACUGAGUUUAGAGAUUGAUCGAUUGGAGAGGACUUUCCAAUGUGAUGUGGAAACGAGUAGUGAUAUUUUAUCAAUUUUAAGAUACAGCCCAAGACCAAAAGAGUACCUAGUAGAAUUCUUCACGUCAGACACAGGACCCCUGCAAAAUUCGCUGAAGAUGGUCGCCCUGGAGGCGCUUCACUUCCUGGACGAUCACAGAUACGAUCCCACCGAGAUCUACCAGGACGAAUUCCUCGAGGACAUCCAGAAAAUUCCAGACCCAACAGAAAAACCUCGAGAGAUGCUGGUGGACUUCCUGACAAUCCUGGAGGCUCUCGGUCCCUGGUGUGCAGACCGUGCAGCCCUAUCCCUGCUCACCCUCUCCGAGAAACUCAAGAUAAAAACACCCUACGAGCGCCAUUACCUUCUCCUCAACCUGGUGGGCUCGGUUAUGAUAAAAAUUCGAGCCCUCUGCGACCUGGAGUUCUCCUCGCUCCCGGAGAAGACUCGAGUCUACAAAUACUCAACGUCGAAAGUCCAUCGUCUCCUGGAGGUUCUCAAGACAUACGCCCCACUCUACAACAAAUCAUCGACCCCGGAGAAGACGACACCCCGCAGGACUCGUCCCUAUGACUCCACCAGACCCCAGGGACUGAAUAAUUCCCAGAUUGACGAGCCCACAAUUCCCCCCAAACGGGGAAGAUAUCAGAGAACGUACAGAGGAAUGACAGACCCUGACGUCCUGUGCGGGGUAAUAUUCGUGGACGCGAGUUUCACCGCAAAAAUUCUAUUCUACCUCCUGAACGAAGUCUGCAAGCACGACGAGGAGUUGAACUUCCUCUCGCCCCUGUACACCAUCGAGAAAAACACAGACGACUCCACAUACUCCCGAGAUCCAGAGGCAGAGCACAAAAAGCAAGAGGAGGUCCUCAAACGUUUCAGAAUUCACGAGUGCAACCUCCUGGUGGCGACUGCCAUCCUGGAGGAAGGUAUAGAGAUUCCAAAAUGCAACUUGGUGAUGAGGUACGACUUCCCCAGGACGUACAGGUCGUACGUGCAGUGCAAGAGUCGAGCUAGAGCCAGCGAUGCCCUUCAUAUUCUCCUAGUGUCACAUAUCAGUGCAAGGGAAUCGAUCUGGAAAUUGGCGCAGUACCACUACAUCGAGAAAAUUCUCCUGGGGAAAUGCACGAACGAGGAGCCAAAGGACGAGGACGAGACAGAGGCUGACAGAUACUCCUCGAUGAUACCUUUUUAUCAGCCUAUGAGAGCUGAUAAUGGACCCCUGGUGUCCUUCAACUCUGCGAUAUCCCUGGUAAAUCGAUAUUGCGCUAAACUGCCGAGUGACACAUUCACGAGGCUGACACCAGAGUGGUCGAUGCGGGAGGUGAGAUCAAUCGAGGGGACGAUGUACACGUGUUCCUUGAGAUUGCCUAUCAAUUCACCCCUGAAGUACGUGAUAUCGUCUCACCCAAUGCCCAACAAGGCGAUGGCCAGGAGACUGGCAGCUCUCCAGCUCUGCAUAAAGCUCCACAAGGAGAAUGAAAUCGAUGAUAAUCUUCUGCCAAUUGGCAAAGAGAAUUUUAAAGCGAGGCCAGAGGACGUGGAGGUGCCGGCACUUCCUGAUGAAGUAAAGUCUGAUUACUCGGAGGCUCGACCUGGCACCACAAAACGUCGUCAGUACUAUUUUAAAAAGACUGCUGAGGCACUCACAGAUUGCAGGCCAACUCUCGGCGUCCCCUCGUACCUCUAUCACAUCAAGAUGAAUCUCAGUUGUCCCCUCCCUGAGGAGCAGAACACCAGGGGUCGACGGAUAUAUCCCCCUGAGGAGUCCCACAUCGGUUUUGGGAUUUUAACUCUUAAGAAAAUCCCUAAACUAUGUCCCUUUCCUAUUUACACUCGUUCUGGAGAGGUUCAGGUGGAUCUAGUGCUGAGUAAAAAUACUGUCGUCCUGGAUUCGAUGCAGAUCGAGAGAGUCUCGACAUUUCUCAAUUAUACAUUCACAAAUGUUCUCAAACUCCAGAAAUAUCUCAUGAUCUUCGAUCCGAAUGCCUCCGAGAAUUCAUACCUGAUAGUUCCUGUGGUCAAAGGUAUAUCCAAUGGGGCAGCAGACGUGAACGUCGACUGGAGUUUUCUGCAGCUCAUCUACGAGAACAGGAAUGCAAUUCCUAAGGAAAUCGGGGAGGGGGAGAGAGAAAAAUUCGAGUUUGACGCCGCGAGGUACAACGACGCUGUGAUAAUGCCCUGGUACAGGAACCAGGAUCAGCCCCAGUACUUCUACGUCGCCGAGAUCUGCAGGAACUUGAGUCCCCAGUCGUCAUUCCCUGGUGAUGGUUACAGCACCUUCGAGGAGUACUACUGCAAGAAGUACGGCAUCAAGAUACAGAACAGGAUUCAGCCUCUCCUGGACGUUGACCACACGUCAGCGAGAUUGAAUUUCCUGACCCCCAGGUACGUCAACAGGAAGGGAGUGGCCCUGCCGACGAGCAGCGAAGAGACCAAGAGAGCAAAACGUGAGAAUCUCGAGCAGAAGCAGAUCCUCGUGGCUGAACUCUGCGCCAUUCAUCCUUUUCCCGCUUCCCUCUGGAGACAGGCCGUCUGUUUACCCUGCAUCCUGUACAGGAUCAACGCUCUUCUCCUGGCGAAUCAAAUCAGGUGUCAGGUGGCGCAGAUGAUGAACCUGGGACUGCAGCAUCUCUCUGAGGACUUUGAGUGGCCGCCUUUGAACUUCGGUUGGAGUUUAGCUGAGGUCCUGAGGAAGUCGAAAGAGGCGAAGAAGGUAGAGCCUGAGGAUGAUGUAAGAGAGUCCCCCACCUCUGAUAUUAUGAAGAAAUCCCUGGGCCUGGGGAUGGGAAUGAUCAUCGAGAACGUCACAGAUCUCCUCGACGAGGACGACGACUCUGACAAGCUCGAGAUCGGCACUUGGUCCAACGACAUGGCAAUGGAGUCGAUGUGCAUGGAUUUCUCUUCAAUCUCAAAUAAUGUCACUGUUCUUCCCCCGCAAUUUAGUUGGAGGCAUGCAAAUGGAAUUAGGUGUGGCUCACCCACAUUCGAUCACUCAGACACCUGUGGAUAUUACUCUGACGACUCCUACAGCGACGAUGGCUUCAUCGGCUCCUCUGGUGAGAGUGAGGACGAGGAAAAUCGUGGCCUCAAGAUAUCGUACACCGGGGAGAAUACAGCAGAAGCCGUUGAGGACGAGUCUAAACUGAAGAAGAUGAAUAUCAAUAAGAAGAUCAUGGGUCUGUUCAAGGACUCCGAGAAGAAACUCCAUAAUUCGAGAUUUUUAUUUAAAUCAGGGGAGCACGACGGCUGUGAUGAGUCUCUUUUUGCUGAGCACAAGAGACUCCACUUCGAUUACGCUAAGCAACGUGAAUCCGAGAUAAUCCUCGAGGGUUCAUUCAUAGAAAGUGAUAAAAAAAUAGUAUUUAAUCAUAGUCAGAAGAGUGUAAAGGCUGUUGUUACUGAGGCAUCAGGAUUUGAUGGCUUAUUGGAGCACUGUGAUUAUGUGAGGAGAGUCGCUGAAGAAGUGACCAAAGAGAUAGAGAAGGAUAAAUUAUCGUGUGAUUCGUUUUACGUUAAGACUCAAUGCAAUAGCAAUAACAUUCCAACCCCUGGGCUGUACGACGCAGUCGAGGUGAACUUUAGUUUUGAUUAUCAGCCAGAACUGAGGGGACAUCCUGGCCCCAGCCCCAGUCUCAUCCUCCAGGCACUCACAAUGUCCAAUGCCAAUGAUGGAAUUAAUCUGGAGAGGCUCGAGACCAUUGGCGAUUCAUUCCUCAAGUACGCCAUUACUACGUACUUGUAUUGCACUUAUCCAGUCAUCCACGAGGGAAAACUCAGUCAUCUGCGUUCGAAACAGGUGAGCAAUUUGAAUUUGUAUCGCCUGGGGCGUAGAAAAAUGCUGGGUGAGAGCAUGAUAGCUACGAAGUUCGAGCCUCAUGAUAAUUGGCUGCCACCUUGUUAUUACGUUCCCCGGGAAUUGGAGCAGGUGUUCAUUGAGUCUGGCGUACCCUCCAGUCUCUGGAAUCAGGUGCAAGACCUUCACUCCCUCCAGCCAACGAUUGACAUCAGCGAAAUGACACAACUCAUUCGAGAUACAGAGUACAAGCUGGGAAUGAUGAGGAUGGAGCUGGAUAAAAAUGAUAAUCGUCUCCACGAGGAGUCGAUACCCGAUCCCCAGCACUGCUCGAUCCCCUACAAUCUCAUCACCCAGCACAGUAUCCCUGAUAAGAGUAUAGCUGACUGUGUGGAGGCUUUGAUAGGAGCUUACUUGAUAGCCUGUGGCCCGAGGGGAGCUCUGCUCUUCAUGGCCUGGCUGGGGAUCCACGUCCUGCCGACCCUGGAGGUUACUCUGGUGCAGGAGGAGGAGCCUCUGGAGCAUUAUCCAGGCAGCACGCCCUACAUCAGGGGUUUGGAGUCCUCGGAGAGGACAACCUGGUCACAGAUUCGGUAUGGAAAGCUCGAGGAGCCGAGGAAUCCCCUGCUGAGGCAUGUUCCAGAUCCUGAGGGGGAACUCUCCCUUCUGCUCGAUGGGUAUGACAGACUCGAGGAGAGUAUUCACUAUAAGUUCAAGGACGCCAGUUAUCUCCUUCAGGCCUUCACCCAUGCCUCGUAUCAGCCGAAUAGAUUAACUGAUUGUUAUCAACGUCUGGAGUUCCUCGGGGAUGCUGUACUGGAUUAUCUCAUCACCAGGCAUCUCUAUGAGGAUACGAGGCAGCAUUCCCCUGGGGCUUUAACUGACUUAAGGUCUGCCCUCGUCAAUAACACGAUCUUCGCUUCACUGGCUGUCAGGUGUGGCUUCCACAGGUACUUCAGACACCUCUCCCCAGGUCUCAAUGUCGUCAUUGAUAGGUUCGUCAGGAUUCAGGAGGAAAAUGGGCAUUCUAUCAGUGAGGAGUAUUAUUUAAUCGGUGAUGAGGAAGCUGAAGAGGCUGAGGAUGUCGAGGUGCCUAAGGCACUUGGUGACGUCUUCGAGUCUCUCGCUGGUGCUAUUUAUCUUGACAGUGGAAUGUCUCUGGAUGCUGUCUGGAGUGUCUACUACAGGAUCAUGAAGACUGAGAUUGAGCAGUUCAGUACUAACGUCCCAAAAUCUCCCAUUCGUGAACUUCUCGAGCUGGAGCCUGAAACUGCUAAAUUUGGUAAACCGGAGAAGCUCGCUGAUGGGCGCAGGGUGCGGGUCACUGUUGACGUUUUUGGGAAGGGCUCCUUCAAGGGCAUCGGGAGGAACUACAGGAUAGCCAAGUGCACUGCGGCCAAGUGUGCUUUGAAAAAACUCAAAAAAAUGCAAUCAUCUUCCCAAAGACAAAAAAUUUGAUACUAGGUCGAUUUAAUAGCGAAUGAAUGACGAACUUUUGUAAAUUGAGAUGAAUUUUCUAUUUCUUUGCUCUGGUCCUUUCACGAUUGAAAGGUGUUACAUGUUUCUUCUCGGUUUAUUUGGGAAUCCAUACGUAUUGGAGUGUAUAAAAAAAUUACAAUGAGUGAGAAAUUGUUUACAAUACA